AUGGGGAGUUUGCGGUCGAAUAAACUUGUUCACCUACCUGCUGGGCUGUUUGACGCGACAACCGAAUUAGAAUUCCUGAGUUUGCGGUCGAAUAAACUUGUUCACCUACCUGCUGGGCUGUUUGACGCGACAACCGAAUUAGAAUUCCUAGUUUUGUGGGAUAAUAAACUUGUUGACCUACCUGCUGGGCUGUUUGACGCAACAACCAAUUUGAGAAAAGUGGAUUUGUUCUGGAAUAAACUUGUUCGCAUACCAGCCGGGCUAUUCGACGCGACAACCGAAUUGAUACAUCUGGAUUUGGGCUAUAAUCAACUUGUUCACCUACCUGACGGGCUGUUCAAAGCCACAACCAAAUUACAAAAACUGUUUUUGCAUUUUAAUAAUCUCCGCUAUCUUCCCAGUGGAGUGCCUCAAGACACACCUGACUUAGAGGCUCUGUAA